AUGGCUGCUGCAAAUAUUGCCCGCAGUGCUCUAAGAGGAUUAUUACGAAGCUCUGCUUCCUUUAGAACACCGGUAGUAUGCCGACUUUCAACAGUUGUUCUGCAGCAGAAGUUUAGCACAAUAAACGCUGCCCUUAAAGCGUACAACACCCAGUAUCAUCAAUAUGGGGCCCAGAAUAUCAGUGUCCGCAACUACAGCGGCGGGCCCCCACUCACAUUAGAACUUAUUAAAAGUAGAGUGCUACUUGUACUUCAACUUUAUGACAAAAUUAAUCCCGAAAAGUUGAGUCUAGACUGCCACUUCAUGAAUGAUCUGGGUCUGGACUCCCUGGAUCAUGUUGAGGUCAUAAUGGCAAUGGAAGAUGAAUUUGGAUUUGAAAUUCCCGAUGGGGAUGCGGAGAGGCUGGUUAGACCUAAAGACAUUAUCCAAUACAUCGCUGACAAAGAGGAUAUUUAUGAAUAA